GACUCUUAUAGAACAAGUCACUACUAUUUAAUUGUCCUACCAAAUAGUAAUUUUAUUCUUGUCAGCACUAUAGAACAAGGAAUUAUGGCAUUUGCAAUGUCACUAAUGUUGCAGUUCUUGUUUCUUGCCCCGGCUUUGAUAUACUCUUCUCCAGUUGAAGAUCCUGAAUCAGUGGUCCAACAAGUGCAGAAGAGCAUCAUUGAGAAUGAGCAGAGAAGAAAAUUGGGUUACUAUUCUUGUGGUACAAGCAACCCAAUUGAUGAUUGUUGGAGAUGUGACCCAAAUUGGGAAAUGAACCGCAAGCGUCUAGCAGAAUGUGCUAUUGGAUUCGGUAGAAAAGCCAUUGGUGGAAAAGAUGGUAAAUUUUACAUGGUCAUUGACUCAAGUGAUGACCCUGUAAAUCCCAAGCCAGGAACAUUAAGACAUGGUGUUAUCCAACAAGAGCCUUUAUGGAUCAUUUUCGAACACGACAUGGUGAUUAACCUUAAAAUGGAUCUCCUCGUUAAUUCCUAUAAAACAAUUGAUGGUAGAGGUGCAAAUGUCCACAUUGCUGAAGGGCCUUGUAUUAGAGUACAACAAAAGAGCAACAUUAUAAUUCAUGGCAUACACAUUCAUCAUUGUGUAAGAGGUGGAAGUGGCUAUGUGAGUGAUUCUCCUAAUCAUCGUGUAAUGAAAACUAGAUCGGAUGGUGAUGGGAUUACAAUCUUUGGUUCGACACAUGUUUGGGUGGAUCAUUGUUCUUUGUCAAAUUGUUUUGAUGGUUUGAUUGAUGUUGUUCAUGGAUCAACGGCUAUUACUAUUUCUAAUAAUUACAUGACACACCAUAAUAAAGUUAUGCUUUUGGGACAUAGUGAUUCCUAUGAUGAGGACAAAAUAAUGCAAGUUACCAUAGCUUUUAACCAUUUUGGUGAAGGGCUUGGGGGAAGAAUGCCAAGAUGUAGGUUCGGAUACUUUCAUGUAGUUAACAAUGAUUACACGCAUUGGCAACAAUACGCAAUUGGUGGAAGUUCAUCUCCAACUAUUUUCAGCCAAGGCAACAGAUUUCUAGCUCCAGAAGAUGAUGACCACAAAGAGAUCACAAAGCACUUCGAUUCAUCAGAUGGUGAGUGGAAGAACUGGAAUUGGAGGUCUGAAGGAGAUCUAAUGUUGAAUGGUGCGUUCUUCACAUCGUCUGGAGCGGGAGCAUCUUCUUCUACAUAUGCCAAAGCCUCAAGUAUGGCAGCAAGACCACCUAUGCUUGUGGCUUCAAUGACAGCAGGGGCUGGAGCACUUAGAUGCAAAAAGGGUUACCAUUGCUACUAGACUGCUAGCUAGUAUGAAUUAGUUCAAUUGUGACAUCCAUUCCCAGAAAGGGCAAUGUAGGAUAGAAGUGUGUGCUGUAAAGUAGUAACUACUAAUAUUAGAGAAAAAGUGUAAGUGUUUCUGUUGACAAAAAUAUGUAAGAACGUCUAAGUCCAUAGUUUAAAUUCAUAUUGCUCGAAAGGCUAUUUAUGUUACAUCAAAUUAUGGAAAAA